AUGACGACGGUGGCGCUUCGUCCGCGGGCCGCGACGGGACGGCCCGUGUUCCGGCGAGCCUUUGCCGCCGGGAAGGUCGUCCCUCUUAAGUCGACUGCGGCCGCCGCCGGCAUUUCCCAGACUACUUCGGUAAGCGGAGACCCUUCUGAAAACGGCCGCCUUUAUAGUUGUUCGGAAAUAAAAUGUAUUCGUCCGUCCACACUGUAUACCAGACUGUGGUACAGUGUACGCCCCGCGAGUCGAAAUUUCAAUCGUACCCGGUUUCUGAGCGUCCUAGUUUUUACUAUAUUUAGGUAUUAAACGGCGUAAACGAUUUGUCCGCUAGAAUUAUCGCUCCGAUCAAACAUAAUACGAAAACUCUCUUUUGGCCUUUUGUUUACCCGAUGGUCGGUGUAUCGGGGAGACCGGGCUUCGGUUUCCCUCGUAGUUUUCUCGCCGCGGUUGUUCGCUUUUAUCUGCACGACUUGUUAAAAUCGAAAAUUUCCUGGGCACAGCCGACGGUGUGCAGAGGUGCAGUAGGUAAGGACUUCCCUAGUAUUCAGUCGUUGUAUUAUUUCGACUUCGUAAACGCCCGAUUCCCUCCACUGGGGACAUACUUGGGGUCACAGAUUAUUAAAUAAUUUAAUAAAUUAUUUUGUCUUACGAAGCAGCCAGGUAUUAAAUAUGGAUAAUCGAAAAAAAUUAAACUCAAUAAAAUUAAUUUCAGGUCAAAAGAGACUACCGAUUGUGUAUAUCUGCUCUUUACCGGUCUAUGAAAUGGAGAAAUCAUCGUCCCGACCCUUGCGGACCGUCCCGUGGCCCGCGGAAAAAACGCCGCUGUCGCCAUCACCGCCGGUAUGACGAGCUGUACUCUGGGCUACGAAAAAGCCGAGACCGGAGUACAACCUUCUCCGUGACCCGGGAAGAUGCCGUCCGCACCGAGGACAUCUCUUCUCCGGCCUACGCAGCGAGGACCGCUUCUUGGGUAUCGGCCAGAAGACAUUAA